AUGGCUCGUCCGGAUUUUGGCCAAGUGGUGGCCUGGUACAUCUGCACGGUCGUCGCGUGCAUUUUCCUCGUGGGUCGAUUGAUUGUCCGCUGGCGACUCUUGAAGAAGCUCUACCUCGAUGACUGCUUCGUGGUGGCGGCGGCGCUGUGCCUGAUCGGUGACCUGGCUAUCCAGCACUACAUGUUCAACCUGGGUAUGUCCGAGAUGGCCAAUACGACCGACGCCGAGAAGAUCAGCAUGCAGAAGAUGAUCAUCCCGGGGUCCACCUUGUAUGUCACUUCGCUUUGGUUGAUCAAGGCCAGCAUGGUGUUGUUCUACAAGCGUCUCGCCGACCGCACCAAGUACCAGACCAUCUAUAACAUCACCCUGUUGGUCCUGGGUGCCGCCUGGCUGGUGCUGUUCUUCGAUAUUGUCUUCAAGUGUUAUCCCCCAGACCGCCAGUGGAAGAGUAUCUCGGAUCCAAAAUUGACGUGCUCUGCGAAGCAAUCGACGAUCAACUACUGGCUCACGAUUCUAUUCAACAUCUUCAGUGAUGUGUUCAUUAUUUGCCUGCCCAUCUCCCAGGUCGCGCGCCUCAAGAUGCCUCGGAAGCAGAAACUCGGAGUGAUCUCGGUCUUCCUGCUGGGUGUUAUUGUUGUCAUUACGAGCAUCAUCCGAGCCAUCUACUCGUCCCUCAACCUGCAGAUGAUUACGUGCACCGUGUCGAUGAUCGAGACAGCAAUCGCCAUCAUUGCGUCCUGCCUGCCCGUGCUGCGCACUGUGUUUUUUGGUUCCCACUCCCGCACCGGCACAUACAGCGGCCGCCGGGGGUACGAGCUGUCCGGUUCCGGGCCCGCGGGGCUGGCCAGCAAACAGCACACGACCGUGUCUAUAUCACACACGGGCCAGGGGGAAUUGUCCCGCCAUGACUCGGAGGACGAGCUGGUGAAGGCGACGGGGCCCCCAUCGACGGAGGACUCGAAUGUGGGGAUUUCGGUGACGCGGGAAUACUUUGUGCAUGAGGGGCAAAUGGAUGGGCAGCGGUAG